CAGAAAUUUAGUCAUUGUCUAGACAGUAGAUAUACGUGUAGGGAUAUUUUAUCUGUCACACAUGUGUGUUUGAUAAUAUUUCAUGUUUGUAAAAUUGGAUUAGUGUUAAAUAUUUGUGUAGGAUAAUAGACUUGUAUAUGUUUAACAUUGAGAAAAUGGACAUUGUGAAGAUCAUGUUUGAAGAAUUGAGGAAUCAAAAGCAUGUCCAUAUACGCGACUGGGAUUUUGUUAAGAGCACCAUAGAAAAUAUGGUGAAAGAUGGACCUGACAAACUACAGGUUGUGGCUGACUUUGACAGAACGCUGACAAAGUAUAUGAACAAUGGAACCAUCUGUGCGACAUGUCAUAAGGUUCUUGAAGAAGGUGACCAUCUUCCAGAAUUCUUUAGAACAAAGACUAAAGAGUUGCGCGACACCUACUUCCCGUUAGAAAUGAACCCUGAUCUACCAGUGAGUGAGAAGAUUCCUUUGAUGAUAGAAUGGUGGACAAAAGCCCAUGAAUUAUUAGUACAUUGUGGCUUAACUAAACAGUCAAUCAGGAAAAUGGUAGAAACAUCUUCAGUCAUGCUAAGGGAUGGAACUGUCUGGCUGUUUGAUCACCUACAUGCAAACGAUAUUCCCACGCUGAUUUUCUCGGCUGGUAUCGGAGAUGUCUUGGAAGAGGUGAUCCGUUUCAAAGCCACUCACCAUAGCAACAUGAAGGUGGUGUCCAAUUACAUGGCUUUCGAUGAAUGUGAUCGUAUGGUUGGAUUCCAAGGGGAGAUGAUCCAUGUGUACAAUAAGAAUGAGAAUGCCGUCCACGAGUCGAACUACUUCACCAGUCUGGAGAAUCGGUCUAACAUCCUGCUCCUCGGGGACGGGAUAGGUGACCUGCACAUGGCUGAUGGAGCGACUAAUGUCAAAAAUAAGCUCACAAUAGGAUUUCUUAAUGUAAAGAUUGAAGAGAGCCUGGAGUUAUAUAUGAGUAAAUAUGACAUUGUGAUAUGUUCAGACGAAACCAUGGACGUGGUGAACUCUAUUGUGAAAAGUAUAACAACCAAGUGAAAUAUUAGCUGGAAACGAGACGAUAUCUUCACCAUAUGUGUUUUAUAGGGAGUAGCUUUUACCUCUUCAAGGUGAUCUUCAGAAAGAUUAAUUUUUAUCAUUUUUUAACAGUGAAAUGUACAUGCAGAGGUAGUUGUGAUUAACUGUAUAAAAGAAUUUGUUUUCCCUGCAUGUGAAAUAGGAAAGACGUUAUUUUUCUCUUGUAACUAAAUGCAUAUCAACCAUGUAUGUUCCAAAAGGAAACGUAAUCAAAUUAAUAUUAACUGUCACUCUUGAUCCAAGAUUUCGGGUGAGGACCAUUCAAUCGAUGAUGAAGGGCUAAGUCCGAAAGCUGCAAUCUAGAGCGGCUGUUGAUAAUUAUUUCAAUAGUAGAGUAACAUCUUUUUUUUCAAUCUUUAACCCAUAGAAAUUGAAAAUAACAAAACCGAUGGGAAAAUGAAAAUAGUAGCCUGCCAGUAUAUAUGUUUAGAUUUGGUUAAAGUGAAACGUUAUUUUGGAGUACAUUCUUUUUUACUAUACUGUAUUACUACUUUGUAGCCACCUACUUGAAAUUAUCAACCUAACAAUGUUUCUCAAACAAGAAUCUCCAGCAUGUAUAGCAAUUCAGUGAAUUACAUUAUUUCCUCUAACAAACAUGACGUCCAACUGUAUCAUAAACACGUCACUAAAUGAAAAUAUCAUGUCAUCCAAAUUUUCUUGAUUUUUUUAAGUUGAGUGGUAGAUCUUUUAACAGAAAUGAAAUUAGAUUGCGAUGUUUUGAGCAACUUUUGUUUUGUUUUUAUCAGUAAUGAGUUAAUAUUCAUCAACUAUCAACUUUAAAGUGUUGUCUGUCAUUUUAAGUUAAAAUUUUCAGGAAAAUCCAAGAUUUAAAAAAAAAAAAGGAAGAGGGGGGGGGGGGGGGGGGGGCAAUACAGUAUUGCAGUAUUUACCAAAAAUGUGUUUGCACUUUUGUGCAUUAAAUGCUUCACAGAUUUAUGCAAAUGUGCACACUUAUAUGUAUAUCACCAGUUAAAAUAUGGUAAUUGAACCCACAAAAUUAUGAAGACGGCCAGUGUACAAUAAGGAAGAAUUGACAAUGGGACGACUAUAUAUUGGAACCUAAUUUAUAAUUAGACCUAGAGUGAUUACUCACUAGGCCUAUAACAGCUAUGGAAGAAAGUAUAUGAUAUCAAGACAUAAGAUUCAGUGUUCCUGUUGGGAUUCUUUGUAAUUAUUUGAUACUUUGGUGUUUUGGCUGAUAUUUGACCUCUGUGAUCUCUUUAAUAAUGUGAUACCUUUGUUAAAAUAAAUCAUCAAUAUUACACAUUGUCAUAUCAAUUUUAGCUGUCUGUGUUUCAUAGAUAUUUAGUUUUUGGUUAAGCUGGUUAAGUACUGUUUUUUUUCAGUCUCAUAUCAAUUUGUCUAUAGUACACAUUAUGUAUAGCCCUCUGGUUGAUACAGCUUCAACAACUUAUAUAUACCCCAGUAAUUUAGAUGUGUUUAUGCAUACAUCUUACACAUAAUGUCUUGCCAUGUUAGCCAUGCAAUACUGCCAUAAAUAUAUAUGUAUAUACUGUGUUAAUCAUUGAGUUGAGUGAAAUGAUUUUUUUUCUUUAUGUUUUGACAAGAAAUUUGAGUAUACACCAAAUUGAUUUGAGGUAGAGAGUCCCAGCACCCUUUAUUGCAUCUCCCGCAAAGAAGAGUUCCAACUUGUGUGGCACAUUUAGGACUUGAAUUGCUUAAUCAUUUAUUAAAGGAAAUACUUCUAUAUGAAUGAAAUAUAUAAAUAUAAUGAAAAUAUUUCUUAUUAUAUCACUUUAUCUUUAACCUAUCUCCAUCACAGAGACUUGAGUCCUGAAACACAUGAUUAUAAGGCAGGAAGCUUAUUGCACAAUGCUAUUUUUAUGUGAAUGAUUUUCUCUUGCAAUCCCCUAGCAAGGCCUGCAACCUGCAAUUGUCUUUCUAUGAAUAUAAAGGAAACGGUAUUAAUUUAUCUGAAAAAUAAAUUUUGAGUUUAGGGAUUGGACUAUCUACCUCAACACUUAUCUAUUGAAUUUAGGGAUUGGACUCUGUACCUAAACACUUAUCUAUUGAAUUAAAGGAUUGGACUCUCUACUUUAACACUUAUCUUUUGAAUUUAGGGAUUGGACUCCCUACUUUAACACUUAUCUAUUGAAUUUAGGGUUUUGACUCUCUACUUUAACACUUAUCUUUUGAAUUUAGGGUUUGGACUGUCUACUUUAACACUUAUCUAUUGAAUUUAGGGAUUGGACUCCCUACUUUAACACUUAUCUUUUGAAUUUAGGGUUUGGAUUCUCUACUGUAACACUUAUCUAUAGAAUUUAGGGAUCGGACUAUCUACCUAAACCACUUUAACUAUUUUGUAAGCUACAAUGACUCUGUCAAGUUCUGUAUUGAAAGGUUUGCAAACUCCUUUAGUAUCAGUCACUACACAUGAGCACACAGCUGCUAAUUUAGAUUUUCAGUUGCCUGAUAUGUAUAUCCUUACGUAUUCAGUGACUGAAAGUCUAACAAAACCAAUAAUAUUAUUAGUUGCGUGCCCCUGUGGUCAAUAAGUAAACCUAUUAUUGACAUCCUCAGCUGUCAUUGUGAACGGUUAUACCUAAAUUAAAGUUGUUUAGAAAAUGUAAAAAAUAAAUAAUGUAGAGUAGUGUCCCCUGCCUUAUUUAUAAAUUGACUUAAUAUUUUAAGUUUUGAAUUGAGUGAAAUUUAUUUCUGGAAAUGGAGCAAAAGAAUGAAAAGUGAACUUCUAGCAUUCAAAGUUAACUGUGAAAGAAUGAGAAGUGAACUUCUAGCGUUCAAAGUUAACUGUGAAAGAAUGAGAAGUGAACUUCUAGCGUUCAAAGUUAACUGGAAAACUAUUCUUGUCAUACCUUUUCUUCAAUGGAAUGGUCAGAAUAGUAAAUAUUCUUAAUGGUUCAACCAUUAAUAAAAUAAAAAGGUGUUUAGCCAAGGGUUUUAUUGCAUUUCAUCACAUCAUAAACAAACACAAAUUGAUAAAAUCAAUUUGGAUUGAAUACAAAUGACUUUGUCAAGACAUCAAGAACUCAUUCCAUAAUUCUCUUUAAUUUGCAACCAGAGUUGUUGAUGUUUUCCUAACAAAAUUUACCAGUAUCUAAGUUGCUAUAUUGAAGUGUUGCUAAUGAAGUCAAAUUAUUUUACCAUAAUUUUGUUUUUAUGAAGAGCGGUGUACAUGUGUCGAUAUGCUGAUUGUUGUAUGUACGUUUUAUGGAAAUGUGUUCGGGGUGUGAUUAUAUUGUAACUUGUCUAUACAUUGUAUCUCUAUAAUGAUACAGCUUGUGAUCAACACAAGAGAUGGUGUGUAUGUUUAUGAAAUGCAAAUUUUUAAUUUUUAAGAAUCUCUUGAUCAACUUCACAUAUGAUAUGUUGUAUACUGCAUUUUGUAUGUGUAAUUUGUCCCAUCACAGCAGAAGGCAAGCUAUUAUCACGGAUUGAAACCAGAUCUAAAGGCCAUUCAGGUUUGUCUCAAAUAAAUUACAACUUUGAACAGAUAUUUUUCUUGAGAUACUGGCUUGAUAUUCUUAAUAAAAAAUUAAAAAAGAGACAAAUUUGAUUUGAUGAAGACUGCUCACAUGUAAAGUAAGGAAUGAAAACAGAUUUGGUUUAAGAAGCAUGUCAUUAUGAUGUAUACAAUUAUAUAGUGACAAACAAGACUGCUUAUAAUUAUCAAGAAAAAUAGAUAAUAAGCUGGGCUCAGAGCAAUCUUGAUCACUGAUGAUUGGUUUAACAUUACGCAAAGGUAAAUAUUAUAAUACCUUCAUUGACUUCAUUCAUAAAUCCUAGGUCAAGGCCAAAUACACCAUUACGUUUUAUGGAAAUUUCGUCAAAACAAUGAGUCAAUGUUGCUGAAGCGGGGACAUUCAUGUCUUACAUAUAUGCUUUUUUUCUAAUUUUGUUUAUAACUUCUGUAUGUGAGUAAUUUAAUAUAUUGCCAAUCGCUUUAUAAUGACAAAACAUUGCAAGCCUUGUGAUGGCAUCAAAUUCCUAUUCAAAUUCCUAACGGUGCAUAUAAUGCAUACUGGCCCCAGUUUGGUACCAUUCUUUAAGGAUCCCAGUACCCCUGUCAAAAUCUUUAAAUUUGUGUUGGAAACUUUUCUGUUGCAUGCUUAUAGCUUUGAAUAAUCAUUUCUGAAAAGAAAAUCAUGCCUCACAGAACUUAAAGAAAACCCAAAGAUUAACAAAAAAGAUCAGCAACAGGGUUUUCAGUGCGAAAAAUGGAACGGGUCUGACUAGAAUUCAAUUGCUGGUCCUUUGCUCAUUAAUUAUCGCGUCACUAAAACCCUACUUAGCUACCUGGUUAGCGGUAGUAUCCUGGCCAAUUUACGCUACAGCUAUAUCCAGAAGGAAAGGAAGGAGAGAUUACUGUAUCCAUAAAAAAAUACAUCCAUUUGGUGUUUUCUAGCAUUUUGUUCUUAGUGGGAAAGGGAUCUUUAAGUAAAGGGAAUGUUGAUACAAUGUUAGAUUGUUGAAAGGUUGAAUAUCCUUUUCAUACAUUGUCGAUGAGAUGUAGGCCAAGUUGUAUACCUUGUUGUACACUAUUUGUUCGAUUAUUCUAGGUUGAAUACCUUGUUAUACAUUGUGAUAUCAUAUUCUGCUGCCUAAAACUAUGCAACCUUUUUAAAUAUGCUGUGGUUAGAUACGCUUUGGUUGGAUGUUUUGAAAGAACUGUUAAUUGUAAAUUUUGGAAAAUCGUUAUUAAUAUUGGGAAUGUUUUUAUACUUUGUAUUGUCCUGUGCCUAUUAAUUACAGAAUUUGAGGGUUGGUAAUUAUUUAACAUUGUUGUUUGAAAUGUAUGCUGUAUACUGUAGAAAUGAGAUACCAAGAUUUUAGUCUUUCAGCCAAUUGGUGUUUUAACCCAGAUAAUUUUGCAGCCAGAACCAUUUCCUUUGGGUACCAUUUGCAAAUGUUAUUAUUUAAAAUCUCCCAAUAUAAUAAUAUAAAGAUGUGAUGUCAAUAAAACUAGUUAAUGCUUUUUUUUUAUAUAAAAACUUACAUCUACAUAAAAACGUUCUUCAGAUAAA